GCGAGCCGCCGCUGGCCGCGGCCGCGCGGCUGGCCGCGGCCGGCGCGGCAGCGCUCGGGCUGCUGGCCGGAGCGCUGGCGGGGGCGGCCUCCCCCGCGCGUGCCGACGCCGCCCUCGUGGGCGAGAUCCAGGCGUCGGGCCUGAUCUUCAAGGACACCAUCAAUGUGCAGGCGAUCACCGACCCGAAGGUGUCCGGCGUGACCAUCUACCAGUCGGAUUUUGCCAAGUCUGGCUUCGACAAGCUGAAGUCCGGCGACUUCUUCUCGGACCCUGGGGCCUCGGGGCUGUCUUGCAUCGGCACCCCUGGCAAGGUGAUGGUCGCUGCCAACAUCUCCAAGGAUAAGGGCGGAGAGGUGGUCUACGAGGAGUCGAAGGCGCUCUUGGGCAAGACUCUCAAGGUGAAGCGGGUAUACGACGAGAAGAACAAGAACGUCGUGUAUGUCGUUUACACAGAGCGCCUGAACAAGGACGAAGACAAGAACAACAGCCGGUUCAAGAGCCAGGUUUGUGCCAUCCACGUGGACGGUGUCCAGUAG